CUAAAUAUACAAACAUUCUUGUACAUUUUAUGCUCCUUAUCGCUACCCCCAACACCUGUGAGCUGAGGAUCCCUUUCCCAUCAUCAUCAUUGGCCGAGAUUGCGCUGGGCUCCCUGGCCCCUGACCCUGAGCCCCGCAAAAAAGGGAUCAGCAAGGAACUGGGUGUGACGGAGGACAUCUUGCAUGUUCAAUGGAGAGCAGAUGAAGCCCGGAUUCUGCAUGUGUCCAUCAGCUCCUUCCUGGAGCAUCUCUCCUUGGUGGUGGAAACUAUGGACCUGUUUGGGCCCCCUGUGGCUUGAUAGAUGGUUGCAACAGGAAGCUUCCCAACAGUCUUGGCUGGACUCUGGACUUGCCCCUGGGCU